AUGGCUGCCGAGCAUGACGAGCGAACUCUACGAGAGUUGGCGACACAUGACGUUGCCCAGGUUCCUAUCUGUAUUAGGUACCCGCAAGGUAACGCCAAUUUUGUUCUAAAAACUGGUUUGGUCCACUUAUUACCCUCCUACCACGGUUUGGAGAAUGAGGACCCRAACAAACACCUCAAGGAAUUCCAUGUGGUGUGUUUAAGCAUGAAACCYAACGAGGUUACGGAUGAUCUUAUAAAGUUAAAGGCAUUYCCUUUUUCUUUAAAAGAUYGGGCUAAAGAUUGGCUCUACUCGUUACCGCCCGGUUCGGUAACGACGUGGAAUGCGAUGGCAAGAUUAUUUCUUGACAAAUUUUUUCCCGCUUCCCGAGCCGCCACWCUUCGUAGGGAAAUUUGCAGUAUAAAACAAAGAGAUGUGGAAACCCUCCAUGAAUAUUGGGARAGGUUCAAACAUCUCUGCGUUAGUUGCCCGCAACACGGAAUUUCCGAGCAACUUUUGUUGCAGUAUUUUUAUGAGGGCCUUCUUCCUAUGGAAAGGAAGAUGAUUGAUGCYGCUAGUGGAGGGGCAAUUUUUAAUAAAACCCCAACUCAAGUGAGGGCUUUGAUYACCACUAUGGCUGAGAAYUCUCAGCAUUUUAGYGUGCGAGGUGAUUUAAGAAGAGAGCCYUACAAGAUUAACGAGGUUAAUACCGGUACCAUUGAGAGUAGGUUAUUUGAUUUGACUAACCUUGUUAAACAAUUAGUUGUGGGUAAAGAGCAGGUUAAGGCAUGCGGUAUAUGCAAUGGGACGAGCCAUCCGACGGAUGCGUGUCCGCAACUACAAGAAGAUGUUUUGGUUGCACCCGAAGAUGUCAACGCCAUCGGAGGCUUUCCAGGCCAACAACCACAACAAAGGUUUUAUAACCAGAGCUUUGGUGCCCAAAGACCUCCGCAACAGUUCCAGCAAAGGCAAUUCCAACAGCCAUUUCAGCAAAGAGCACCCUUCAAUCCAAAUCAAGCUACUUCUAGUAGUACAGGUAUGUCUUUAGAAGAUAUUGUCAAAUCUCUUGCUACUAACACUCAACAAUUUCAGCAAGAGACGAGGACGAAUAUCCAGAAUUUGGUAACCCAUAAUCAAAGUUUAGCGGCCCAACAGAAGAAUUUGGAAGCUCAAAUCGGGCAAAUGGCGAUUUCGCUUAAUCGCAUUGAGAGCCAAGGUAAGUUACCGUCCCAAACUGAAACUAACYCGAAAGCUAAUGUUAGUGCCAUUACUUUAAGAAACAGGACGGUUCCGGAUCCCGAACCCAAAGUAAGAAGGAGCGAGAGGAAAGAAGAGAAAGAGGCCGAGAUUACGGGUGACAAGUCAAAUGAAGAGAAGGUUGAAGGUAAGAAUAUAGAGGACAAAGGAAAGGCGCCUGAAUUGGUCAUCCGACCACCAUUCCCAAAGAGAUUCGAGCAAAGCAAGAAGGAGCAAGAAGACAAGGAGAUUAUGGAGACUUUUCGCCGAGUUGAGGAAGCGAGUCGCGAGAGAGAGAGAGACGUGUGCAGCGAGAGAAGUGCGAUGGAGAAGGGACAUCGUGCAAUGAUCGACGUGGGCAGCGAGGGUCGUGGAGAGGAACAAGAUAGAAAGGGCUGUCAAUACAAAAAGAGGGGGAGUCUAUCGAAGGGAGGCGGUUCAAGAGGGGACGGGAGAAAAGCAGUCGGUUCGUUCGAGGAGAAGAGACAGUCGCGAGGGCUGUUCGUUUUGGGGGCUGGUUUGAUUUUACAGGACCGAGAGCGAGGACAGCAGAGGGCUGUCGAUUGA